AUGGAUGAAAACAAAAGGGCUAUCCCAACAGCAAAAGGCCAAGAUUUAGCUGAUGAGUAUGGAAUCAAAUUCUUUGAGACUGAUUACAAAUUGUUGCAGAGUGCAAAAACAAACCUCAAUGUGGAAUCUGUUUUCCUCUCUAUCGCAAAAGACAUUAAACAAAGAUUGACAGAAACCGAUACAAAGGCAGAGACAGUAUAUCUGAGUAACGACAUUAUGUACUGUUUCUUUACAGCCUCAAGAUCACUAAGCAAGAUACUGCUUCAUCGUCUUCUACUACAACUGAGAAAUCAGCUUGCUGUAGUUACGUUUAAUGAUUCGCUCUUCUUCGCCUGCAUUUGGUUUCGUUAA